GUCCCGGAGCAGGCUGCGAAGAGACUGGCAGGAUGGCGACGAUUGGAAGGUUCGACCAGUUCGAGGACGGCGACGAAGACUUCGAGUCCUACGUGGAGAGGUUCGAACACUUCCUGAAAGCCUCGAAGGAACCGGAAAAGCCGGAAAACAAGACAUAUGCACAGCUAGUGCAGACCCUGCGAGGGCACUACGUACCAAAGCCCUCUGUCAUUGCAGAGCGGUUCAGAUUUAACCGUCGCUUCCAGCAAGAAGGCGAAACGGUGGCAGCUUUCGCGGUAGAGCUGAAGCGGUUGGCGGCGUCCUGCGACAUUGGGGCGUUUCUGGACGAGGCUCUUCGCGACCGUUUCGUGGCCGGGCUCUGUGACAGAGGAACUCAAGCUGAGUUGCUGAAGAAGAGCAAGUUAACGUUUAAAAACGCCUGCGAUAUCGCAAGGAGUAUUGAGUUGGCCAGCCAGGAAAGCCGGGAUUUGCAGCCCAGCGUGGGGCAAGAGACCGUCAGCGCUCUUUGCCACAAGCCAGACAGCGGGAAACGCCCACCGCGCCGGAGGGAGGUACCGGCUACAGUACCCGCAGGGGCAAGAGCGACGAAAUCGCCGGACUGUUUCCGAUGCGGUUCAGCGCAUGAAGCGUCUAGUUCCAAAUUUCGCAAGUAUCGUUGUCAUUUUUGUAAACGUGUUGGACACUUAGCGAAAAUGUGCAAGGAUAAAAGCAGAGACGCUGCGAACGCAAUCGCUGAGGACAGUGACGGGGGUGAACUGGUGUUGCACAAUAUCUAUUCCUGUGAGGGGCGCACCGGACUUUACAAAAUUUGUCUGAAAAUUGAACAGAGAAAUGUCCGCAUGCAGAUUGACACGGGGGCAUCCGUAUCAAUAUUACCAGAGGCACUGUAUAAGAAAUACUGGCCCAGUCUACCGAAAGAGCCAUGCAGUCUAAAGCUAAAAACUUACGGGGGUACUCCACUCUCGGUAACGGGGAAGCUAACCGUUUCGGUAGAGCACAACGGUCAGCGUAAGCAGCUCCCGUUAAUUGUCGUGAAGACAAACGAGAAUACGAACACUGUGCUGUUGGGACGUGACUGGCUGGCGGCCCUUAAGUUGGACUGGUCUAGUGUGCAUGGGGUUUGCUUGGACAAGGUAACGGCGUUGCUUGAAAAGUACGCUAAGCUUUUUGAGCCUACCCUUGGCCUAAUCAAGAACAGUGCAAUUAAAUUAUUGCUUAAAGAGGGCAGUACACCAGUCCUUUGUAAAGCGUGUUGGGUUCCAUUUGCGGUUCGGAAAGCAGUGUCGUCCGAAUUGCAGAAUCUCGUAAAAACAGGGGUGUUAGUACCUGUUCAGAAAAGUGAAUGGGCGACUCCACUAGUAGUCGUGCCUAAACCGAACAACCAGAACGGAUCAUAA